AUGCAAAUUUACGGUCUAAUUUAUAUUCCGGAUAAUAAUGAACCUCAAUUACUUGCUCUGCAAAAUGUUUCAGUGGAAGCUAAUAUCAAAAUUUGCCAAACCUACAAAAAUACUACUUCUGAAACCAUCGAGGCUUUAUAUAAAUUCCCAAUAUAUGAGAAUUCUGCCAUUUAUGAAUUUGAAGCGGAAAUUGAUGGUGAUAGGAAAAUUAAAGGCAUU